UUUACUAUCUUCUCUUCAAACCUAUUUCUUUCUCUCUCUCUAGACAAAUAACAGCGGCCGGAUUUCUUCUCCAGCUUUGACGGCAACAUCGCCGGAACUUCUCUUCUACGGCGCCUCAACUUCUUUAUCCGGCGGAUAGAUUCUCGCCUCACGCAGCCCUACUUCGCUCUGUGUAUUUCAUUUGCAUUCUGCAAUGAGUUUGAUCUCCCAAAACGCUAUUCUCAAUGGCCGUGAACAAAAGGCUAAAAGAAAGCCCGAAGAUGGAGCUUUACCUUUGGAGACUGACCGGGUGAUUGAAGAUGCAGAGGAAUCUGAUUUUGUCAUGCUGGAAGCAAAGAAGAGAAAGAAGAAACAGCCUAGUGAAGAACAAAAGCAAAUUGAGCUUGAACAAAAGAAAGAAAUCAAGAAAUUGGAAAACUUCCUGUUUGGUUCUCUUUACACCCCUGUUGAAUUUGGAAAGGAUGGUGAUGAGGAGGAAGAAGAAGAAACUGUUGCACCUACUAAGAAAGAUACCGCCCUUUUCUUUUAUGAUGGAUCCGCUGAUAGUUCACUACCUGUUUAUGAAGAAGAUUCUGAAUUUUCAGAAAGCGAUGAAGAGGAGCUGAAACCUGCAUGGGUGGAUGACGAGGAGGAAAAGACUAAUAUAAACAUAUCUAAAGUGAACAGAUUAAGGAAAUUGAGGAAGGAUGAGAAAGAAAAGGUGAUCACUGGUUCUACAUAUGUCUCCCGUUUAAGAGCCCAGCAUGUUAAACUCAAUCAAGGAACAGAAUGGGCUCAACUGGAUUCACAAGUGACAUACAACAGCUCUGAUGAAGAAGAUGAAGAAGAAGAAGAUUCAGACAUUUUUCGAACAAGUGAGAAUCUUGUCGUGAAUGGUGGAAGGCUCCUUCCUGGAAUUCUUGGUUACUCGAGAUUAGUUGAUGCUAAUAAAGAAGAUCGAUCAAGCGGUCCUAUAAACUCGGUUCAGUUCCAUAGAAAUGCCCAGUUACUCCUAACAGGUGGACUUGACAAAAAGCUGAGAUUUUUCCAGAUAGACGGUAAAAGGAAUACCAAAAUACAGAGUAUUUUUCUCGACGAUUGUCCGAUUAGAAAGGCUGCAUUUUUACCUGAAGGUUCUCAGGUAAUCGUAUCUGGCAGAAGGAAAUUCUUCUAUAGUUUUGAUUUAGUUAAAGCAACUGUAGACAAAAUAGGUCCUCUUACUGGAAGGGAGGAGAAAAGCCUUGAAUUUUUCGAGGUUUCUCCCGAUUCAAGCACAAUCGCUUUCCUGGGAAACGAAGGGUAUAUCUUGUUAGUCUCAACAAAAACAAAACAACUGAUUGGAACACUGAAGAUGAACGGAACUGCUCGUUCGAUAGCUUUUGCGAAGAACGGAGAACAUCUGUUGAGUUCAGGAGGAGAUGGGCAUGUUUAUCAUUGGGAUUUGAGGACUAGGACUUGUUUCCACAAGGGAGUUGAUGAAGGAUGCAUACAUGGUACGUCUAUUUGUACUAAUCCAAACGGGUCAUUGUUUGCAACUGGAUCAGACAGUGGUAUAGUGAAUGUUUACAAUAGGGAGGAGUAUUUAGGAGGAAAGAGGAAACCUAUGAAGACAAUCGAGAAUCUGACAACUAAAGUCGACUUGAUGAAAUUCAAUCAGGAUGCGCAGAUAUUGGCCAUUGCUUCUACAAUGAAGAAGAAUAGUCUGAAGCUGGUUCAUGUUCCAUCCUUCACUGUUUUCUCCAACUUUCCGCAACUAAACCAUCCACUUCAUUUCCCUCGAUGUUUGGAUUUCAGUCCCGGUGGAGGUUUUAUGGCAAUGGGAAAUGCAGCUGGUAAAGUUCUACUCUACAAGUUGCAUAACUACAAUCACGCUUAGAGCAUCUAUUCUUAUUUUUGUUUUUUUCGCGGUUAACUAUUUGGUGCUUUUCCUAAACAAUGCCGAGGUUAUGGUGCUGAACAGGAACCCUGAAUGGGAGGGAUUGUGUUAUUUUUAUCAAGGAUUAUAAUGUACUUUGUUGUUUGAUCUGCAAUUUUGGCAUAUUCUGAAACUGAAAGUAGUAAGCUAAUUGAUGAUAUACUUGUGGCAGUUAUUACUUGAUCAUCAAUCCUUUUUGCUUUAUAGAGAGUAUCUCAUUAUUUAUUUUAUUUACUUUUUACAAUUUCUUGAUU